AGAGUAGAAUGAAGUUGUGGAUGAAAUUUAGUAUGCUAUCCUCUCUCUCUCUAAACAAACGAAAGGCUCCAUUUUUCAGCUAAUAAUAAAAGAAAAUACAAUGAUAUAACCAAAUAUCCCUAAUACCACUUCUUUAACUAUUAGUUAAUACCCAGUACACCAUGGGACACCUCCUCCUACCUUGCUAUCAACACAACCCAUCUCAACUGUACAAGCAUCUUCCCUCCAUACCCAUUACAAGAAAAAGACCGACCAACAGGAAUUCAUAUGUGUCACCAUGUCAGUGCUCAUUUUCUACUUCCUCAUAUGAUGUUUCAAAAGAAACGGAGCAAUUUGUUCAGUAUGAGGGAAGGAGGGCCUUAAUUGGUUCUCUCCUAGCCACAGCUGCUGGAAUGUAUCUUUGUGAUGUGGCUGAGGCAGUUAGCACAAGUAGAAGAGCACUUAGAGGAGCUAAAGUACCUGAAGAGGAAUUUACAACACUUCCCAAUGGUUUGAAGUACUAUGAUUUGAAAGUCGGGGGUGGAACAAAGGCGGAGAAAGGAUCCCGGGUUGCAGUUCACUAUGUUGCUAAGUGGAGAGGCAUCACUUUUAUGACAAGCAGACAAGGACUUGGUGUUGGGGGAGGAACUCCAUAUGGAUUUGAUGUUGGUCAAUCUGAAAGGGGAUCAGUCCUUAAAGGACUUGAUCUUGGCGUUGAAGGCAUGCGGGUAGGAGGCCAGAGAUUAUUGAUUGUGCCUCCAGAGCUAGCUUAUGGAAAGAAAGGAGUUCAAGAAAUUCCUCCAAAUGCUACAAUUGAGUUAGAUGUCGAACUACUUGCCAUCAAACAGAGCCCGUUCGGAUCUGCUGUAAAAAUUGUUGAAGGCUAACGAAAGUCAAUGUGUUAUUGCUGUUCGAACCGUCUUAUGUAGUUUCUGUGAACGAAAAUUUAAAUCUCACAAAUGGUGUUAUAAAAGAUUUGACUAAAUAAAGUGGGCGCUUUGUUCCUGAGCUAGAAAUUUGUAACCUGCAUAACAUAAGACUAGUAUUUUUUUUUGUUAUUGU